UCUGCAGUGGUGGUGACCUAGGCUGGAGGCCCGGUUGAGUGCCGGCAGGGGCGUCGGGAGGCGGAUUCCGCCUUCGCUGAGCGCUAGGGGGCGGGCGAAGGGGGCUGGGCCAGCGGCGCAGCUAGCCGCGGAGACCGCGGGCUGAGCGAUGGAGGCCGACGGACUGCCUUGGGCCGGCGAGUCCGUGUCAGGCCCCGGCCCGGGAGGCGGCGGAAUGAUCCGCGAGCUGUGCCGGGGCUUCGGCCGCUACCGCCGCUACCUGGGACGGCUGCGGCAGAACCUGCGAGAGACCCAGAAGUUCUUCCGCGACAUCAAGUGCUCCCACAGUCACAGUUGUCCCUCCUCCCCCGCGGGUGGCGGCGCGGCGGAGCUUGGCCCUGCCGGCGACGUCGCCGAAGCCCCGCUGCCAGCGGGUCAGCUGAGCUGCAUUUCCUUCCCACCUAAGGAAGAGAAAUAUCUCCAGCAGAUUGUGGAUUGCCUUCCCUGCAUAUUGAUCCUCGGCCAGGACUGCAAUGCCAAGUGCCAGCUGUUGAACCUGCUGCUGGGGGUGCAGGUGCUUCCCACCAUCAAGCUGGACAGUGACGAGAGCUGUAGGCAUCGGCGCCUCCGCUUCACCUAUGGGACUCAGACUCGGGUCAGCCUGGCACUCCCCGGUCAGUAUGAACUAGUACACACGCUGGCUGCACACCAGAACAACUGGGAGACCAUCCCUGAGGAGGACUUGGAGGUUCAAGAAGACAGUAAGGAUGCUGCUCAUGUUUUAGCUGAGCUGGAGGUGACAAUGCAUCAUGCUCUCCUACAGGUACCAGCCUUACAUGAAGUGGAUAUUGUGGUGGCCCCGUGCCACAGCCACCGGCCUGCGGUAGAUGUUCUGGGUGACUUGGCGAAUGAUUUCUUGCCUGUGAUAACCUACGCACUUCACAAAGAUGAACUCUCUGAGAGGGACGAGCAAGAGCUUCAGGAAAUCAGAAAGUAUUUCUCCUUUCCUGUGUUCUUUUUCAAAGCACCCAAGCUGGAGAUUAUGGACUCCCCCAGCGGGCGAGCAGAGAGUGAACGGUCACCACUGUAUCGACAGCUGUUGGACCUGGGCUAUCUGAGCGGCAGUCACAGGAACUGUGGAGCCCCUGACGAGGACAGCAAAGCUCAGAGCAUGUUGGUGGAGCAAAGUGAGAAGCUGAGACAAUUGAGUACAUUUUCUCACCAGCUGCUACAGGCCCGCUUAGUGGAUGCAGCCAAGGCCCUGAACGUGGUGCACUGCCGCUGUCUUGACAUCUUUAUUAACCAGGCUUUUGACAUGCAACGGGACCUACAGAUCACUCCUAAACGUCUAGAAUAUACUAGAAAAAAGGAGAAUGAAUUGUAUGAAUCGUUGAUGAAUAUUGCCAACCGAAAGCAGGAGGAAAUGAAGGACAUGAUUGUUGAGACACUUAACACCAUGAAAGAGGAACUUCUGGAUGAUGCUGCCAACAUGGAGUUUAAAGAUGUCAUUGUCCCUGAGAAUGGAGAAACAGUGGGCACCAGAGAGAUCAAAUGCUGCAUCCGGCAGAUCCAAGAGCUCAUCAUCUCCAGGCUCAAUCAGGCGGUGGCCAACAAGCUGAUCAGCUCAGUGGAUUACCUACGGGAAAGCUUUGUUGGGACCCUGGAACGGUGUCUGCAGAGCCUUGAAAAAUCACAGGAUGUCUCAGUUCAUAUUACCAGCAAUUAUCUCAAACAGAUCUUAAAUGCCGCUUAUCAUGUUGAAGUCACAUUUCACUCUGGGUCCUCAGUUACAAGGAUGCUUUGGGAACAAAUCAAGCAGAUCAUCCAGCGGAUCACAUGGGUGAGCCCACCCACCAUCACUCUAGAGUGGAAGAGGAAGGUGGCCCAGGAAGCCAUCGAGAGUCUCAGUGCCUCCAAGUUGGCCAAGAGCAUUUGUAGCCAGUUCCGCACUCGGCUCAAUUGUUCUCACGAGGCUUUUGCAGCCUCCUUGAGGCAGCUGGAAGCUGGCCACUCUGGGCGGCUGGAGAAAACUGAAGAUCUGUGGCUAAAGGUUCGAAAAGACCACGCCCCCCGUCUGGCCCGCCUUUCACUGGAGAGCCGGUCUUUACAGGACGUCUUGCUUCACCGUAAACCUAAAUUAGGACAGGAACUAGGCCGGGGCCAGUAUGGUGUAGUGUACCUGUGUGACAACUGGGGCGGACACUUCCCUUGUGCCCUCAAGUCAGUUGUUCCUCCUGAUGAGAAGCACUGGAAUGACCUGGCGUUGGAGUUUCACUACAUGAGGUCUUUGCCAAAGCACGAGCGAUUGGUGGAUCUUCACGGUUCGGUCAUUGAUUACAACUACGGUGGUGGCUCCAGCAUCGCGGUCCUGCUUAUUAUGGAGCGGCUGCACCGGGACCUCUACACGGGGCUGAAGGCUGGGCUGACCCUGGAGACACGUUUGCAGAUAGCUCUGGAUGUGGUGGAGGGAAUCCGCUUUCUGCACAGCCAGGGGCUUGUGCAUCGGGAUAUCAAACUGAAGAACGUGCUGCUGGACAAACAAAACCGUGCCAAGAUCACUGACUUAGGAUUCUGCAAGCCAGAAGCUAUGAUGUCAGGCAGCAUUGUUGGGACACCAAUCCAUAUGGCCCCUGAACUUUUCACAGGAAAGUAUGAUAAUUCCGUGGACGUCUAUGCUUUUGGAAUCCUUUUCUGGUAUAUCUGCUCGGGCUCCGUCAAGCUCCCUGAGGCAUUUGAGAGGUGUGCUAGCAAAGAUCAUCUCUGGAACAAUGUGCGCAGAGGGACCCGUCCAGAGCGUCUUCCUAUGUUUGAUGAGGAGUGCUGGCAGUUGAUGGAAGCAUGUUGGGAUGGUGACCCCUCUAAGAGGCCUCUGCUGGGCAUCGUCCAGCCUAUGCUCCAAGGCAUUAUGGACCGGCUUUGCAAGUGCAGCUCUGAGCAACCAAACAGAGGACUAGACGACUCUACUUGAAGACCAAGAUCUUUUCUUUAUUCUGUUCCUUCCUUCCCUCUCACCUUUAGGCCAUGGGGAGAAUCUGUCAUUUGUUUAUUAAGGGAGCUCCCAAGGGAAUUGGUGCUUGUUGACAACUCAAGACCUUCCUGGGCAGAGAUGGCUCCUGGACCCUGAAGCACUCAGUGGCUGUUUUAGGAUUCAUACCACCUCACACUAUCUCUUUAGCAAAAGAUUGUGUCAGAUGUGUAAAUGCUGAAGAAUGUGAUGUUCUGGCCUCAGAACUGAAAGGAGGCAACUGCUAGCACUGGCUAUUCACGGUCUGUGUUUCUAAACCAGGUGGAACACUGCAGUACAGGGGACUAAAGCUAUCAUUGUCAUGACUUCAGCUCUAGGUCGGAACAGUUCAGUUACCCAGUGGUAGAGAGCACUUGGAAAACAUGACAUUAGUUCAGGACUGUAUGAUUAUAA